AUGUCACAUGAACAGAAUAAAACUUCAGCUGAUGAGGAAGACAGUUUCCUUCAAAUAACGAUGAAGGUGAAAGAGUUAAAUUUAAAAGUAAAUCUGACUUAUGGGGAGGAUCAGAUUCAAGAUAAUGCCAUGGACGGCAUGUUACAGUUAAUGUUUAUUUUCUGGGGAGUUAUUAUACCUAUUAUCGGAGUCAUUGGUCUUGUAGGGAACAUACUUACUGGAAUUAUUUUAUUUCGUCGAGAAAUGCGAUCUACGACGGUAUAUUUCUUGCGGACGUUAGUCCUUACAGAUACGGGAAUUAUAAUUGGUGCAAUAAUGGGAGUUUCUGUGAUCUCUAUAACUCAACUUAAUCAACAUGAAUGGUUGUUUAAUCACGUCAUUUACCCGCAUAUUUUCACUCCUACAAACUACUUUGUGAUGGCUCUACAAACAUUAAAUGUUUGGGCAACUGUAGCAGUGUCAGUUGAACGUUACAUAGCAAUCUGUUUUCCAUUUAAAUCUAUAAAUAUAUGUAACAAACGUAACGCAUAUAUCAUUAUUGGCGUUACAAACUGUUUUGUCGACCGCUUAUAA